AUGACAGAUUCCCCAAUAAUAACUAUUUCACCAGCGACGAAUAUAACAAAUAACACGACAACUACUCAAAAUAGAAAAUGCUUGAGAAUACCAAGCUUUAAUUUUCAAAAUUGUCUCGCUGAACAUUUACAUAUCUCUCUAUAUUUGGUCGCAGAAUUAUCACGAACUUUUAUAUCUUUUGUAUGUUUAGUGAUAGCUGCUUUCCUUUGUACUUUUGGUAUACAAUGGUCAGAUUUUCGGUGGAAAAAUUCUAAUUAUGAUAUGGAACCUUUGGUAGAUAUUGGUUUCAAUACGAUACCACAAAUCGAUUACGUCUUUCUCGCCGACGUAGCUAUGCUCACUUUACUUGUUGGUUCUUUGAUUAUCAAUAUCAUUAUUGCUAAAUCUAAUAUCGCAAGAAUUAUUAUCUUUCGUCGUAUUUUUUGGAUGCUCACUUUUUUAUUAAUAUUCAGAAUGAUUACUAUUAGCGUUACAACUUUACCUAGUCCAAAAAAAUGUACUCCUCUUAAUCCUGGAGAUUUUCCGAACAUGCUCAAAAAUAGUAUAGAUCUUAUAACUGGUUCUGUGAAGGCUUGUACCGAUAACAUCUUUUCUGGUCAUAGUACAUUUAUUACUGUUAG